UCAUGAGACACGUAAAUGACGUCAAAGAGACUGCACUGCGUGACGUCUACUAGAUGUCGCCCCUUCAUGGUCCCCAUCAUGUAUUCUUCAUCGAAUAUCCCACGAGGGGCACUGGGCGCUAUCGGUCCUCCCAUGCCGAACCAGUUUCGUGGUUCAACCAAAAUGGCGGUUAACGUGCAUAGCACCAGUUGUACUACAGACAACCUUAGUCGACAUGAUAUGCUACAGUGGAUCAACGAUAGUCUACAACUAAAGUACACCAAAAUUGAACAGUUAUGUUCGGGUGCUGCUUAUUGUCAGUUUAUGGACAUGCUUUUCAUGGACUGCGUAAACCUGAGCAAAGUGAAGUUUGCAUCGAAUCAAGAACAUGAAUUCAUCACUAACUGGAAGAUAUUGCAAAAGGCAUUCAAAGCCGCUGGUGUAGAUAAGCAAAUUCCAGUUGAAAGGCUGGUCAAAGGAAAAUUUCAGGAUAACUUUGAGUUCGUUCAGUGGUUCAAAAGGUUUUUUGAUGCAAACUAUUCAGGUCCUGACCCUGAAUAUGACCCUGUGAAAGCACGGCAUGGUAAAACAGACACCCCACAAAUUGCUUUACCACGAAAAAGCUCAGGACCACCCAGAGCCAUGCCAGCAAUGGCUAAAAACCCUGCACCUGCAAAAGGAACAUAUGCAUCCAAACCUGCAGCAAGUGGUCCAACCAGGCUUGGUGGCAGAGGUGGAGCACCAGGGCCAGGUAGACCAGCUCAGCAGCCUUCUCGUCCCACGGGAGGAGCUGGUGGGGCCUCUGCUGCUCUGGCAAAGAGUGAGGCUCAAAUACAAGAACUUACUAAUGAGGUUUGUUGAGUUGUUUGUUUUUCAAAUGUUCUAAAACCCUUCAUUCUCAAUUAUUGAGGACCAUCUAAUUUCUCAUAUAUAUGGCAACACUCAGUGAAAGUCAGUGAACAAUAUUAACCAGGGUAAAUGUUUAGGUUGAGGUAAAAAGUUAAGUCUGCAUACGAAUCAAGUGGCCCAUUGGUCAGAGCUUAUCCCUGUUUCUGUAGCAUGAAGUGACUAAGAGUGUGUUUUUACUUCCCCCAUGAUGGGAUGCUAGUCCAUCACAGGGUUAACCUACAAUCAUGGACAAAUUGUGUUGGAAAAUGCCAAAAUCAUGGAAUCAUAAUCGUAAUACCUACAGAAUGAGUGUCAACAACCCCAUUCCCCCAUUCAAUGUUGGAAAAUGGUA